UCUCUUCUCUUUUAAUUAAAUUAACCCAACUUCUAAUUUGUCGACCUUCAAUUAUUAAUAGUAUACUGUGUACGUAUUUGUCGAUGGACAUGGACGGGCAUAGAAGCAGCGGCACCGGCACCGGCGUGUGUGAGAUAGAAGAAGUGGACGAGAAUUCGAACGAGAGGCAACUCCAUGAUGAUGAUGAUGAUGAUGAAGAAGAGUACUGUGUUUAUGUAGCAGUGGGUAAGAGCGACACAAGCAUGGACGCUCUCUCAUGGGCUCUCAACAACUUUGUUGCUCAAUCACCAUCUACCAUCAUUUAUCUCAUUCAUGUUUUCCCUCAGAUCAACCACAUUCCAAAUCCAUUGGGAAUAGGAAUGAUUCCAAGGAAUCAAGUGAGUGCUGAGCAGGUGGAGAGUUAUAUUGACCAAGAAAGAGGCAAGAGGAGAGAGCUCCUUCAGAAAUUCCUACAAUCAUGCUCUACUUCCAAGAUAAAACAACAAAAUUAUUCAGAACAGGUUAAGGUAGACACCAUCCUGAUUGAGAGUGACUCAGUUGCAAAGGCUAUCCUCGACCUGAUUCCCAUUCUUCAAAUAAAAAGGCUAGUGAUUGGAGCCAACAAACUUCAUCUAAGAAAAUCAAAAUCAAGGAGAGGGAAAGGCAUAGCCGAUCAGAUACUGCAGAAUGCACCACAAAGUUGCAAGGUGAGAAUUAUAUGUGAAAAGAAGGAAGUAAAUGAGCAGAUGAUGUCAUUGUCACCCUUCCCACAGCCGCUUGCCACUUGCACCUCUGCUAAUGAUGCUUCUAUAACCAGUAAAAAAGAAGAUCAUCAAAACGAUUUGGUUUCAUGUAUUUGUUUCAUACCCAAGUUUAAAUGAUUACAGUGUACAUGUGUGGUUGUAUAGCAGCAAAGGACAAAGGGUAUAGAUGUAUAGCUCAGUCAAGUUCUUUGACUCGUAAUGUAGCUCAUCAUGAAUAAUUUUAAUAGUGGAGAUGAAAAUUUAGUUUGCAAAUUAAUGCCAGUCGUGAAUCAUAUUGUAUUAUAAACUCCGAAGUUGGGUCCACUAUUUAUGAAAAUAGGGGAAUUGAGCGCCA